GCUCCGCCGUCCUCCCGCCGGGAGAAGUUUGGCUCGGGAGCAGCGCAGCCGCUGGGGCCGCCGCGGCGGGGCCGGGAGCUGCGCCGGGAGUCGCCGCGCCCGGGGCCGCGGCGGGACGGGGGUCGCUUCCAGCGGGAGGCGGCGCGGGGACGCCGGCGGCGGCAGCGGCGCUUCGGGAGCCGCCCCGCCCGCGCCAUGGCAGCGCGGUCCCGCAGACCCUGGCUGAGCGUGGUGCUGGGGCUGGUGCUGGGCUUCACGGCCGCCUCCUGGCUCAUCGCCCCCAGGGUGGCCGAGCUGGGCGAGAAGAAGAGGCGCGGCGCCAGCCUCUGCUCCUACUACGGCCGCUCGGCGGGGCCGCGGGCGGCCGGGGGCGCGGCGGCGGCGGGCGGGCAGCAGGCGCCGCCAGAGGCGGCGGCGGUGCUGGGCGGCACGAGUUUCAGGAGCAGCCCCUGGGAACUGCCGGCGGCGGCGGCGGAGGGCACGGUCUCCAGCCCCGCCGUCGGCGGGGAAGGGGAGCCGGAGGAGGAGGAGGAGGGCGGCGAGAAGCGGAGCGGCCGGCCCGGCGGCAGCCACAACGGGAGCGAAGACUGGGGGGGCUGCGGCAAGACCCGCAACUUCCUCUACGUGGGGGUGAUGACGGCCCAGAAGUACCUGGGCAGCAGGGCGGUGGCGGCGCAGCGGACGUGGGCGCCCUCGGUGCCGGGCCGCGUGGAGUUCUUCUCCAGCCAGGGCUCCGCCGCGCCUCCCGGGCUGCCCCCGCUGCCCGUCGUCGCCUUGCCCGGCGUGGACGACUCGUACCCGCCGCAGAAGAAGUCCUUCAUGAUGAUCAAGUACAUGCACGACCACUACCUGGACAAGUACGAGUGGUUCAUGCGGGCGGACGACGACGUCUACAUUAAAGGUGAAAAAUUGGAGGAAUUUCUUCGCUCACUGAACAGCAGUAAACCUCUGUAUUUGGGACAAACUGGUCUGGGUAAUAUUGAGGAACUCGGAAAACUCGGGUUGGAGCCUGGAGAGAAUUUCUGCAUGGGAGGGCCGGGAAUGAUUUUCAGCCGGGAGGUUCUCAGGCGGAUGGUGCCACAUAUAGGUGAAUGCCUUCGAGAAAUGUACACUACUCAUGAGGAUGUGGAGGUGGGCAGGUGUGUCCGAAGGUUUGGAGGAACUCAGUGUGUUUGGUCCUAUGAGAUGCAGCAAUUGUUUCAUGAAAACUAUGAACACAACCGCAAAGGUUACAUUCAAGAUCUUCACAACAGCAAGAUUCACACAGCCAUAACACUUCAUCCAAACAAAAGACCAGCCUACCAAUACAGGCUGCACAGUUACAUACUGAGUCGCAAAAUUUCCGAACUGCGCUAUCGGACCAUCCAGCUCCAUAGAGAAAGUGCCCUGAUGAGCAAGCUCAGUAACAGUGAAGUAAAUAAGGAAGAUCAGCAAUUGGGAAUGAUGCCAUCAUUCAAUCAUUUCCAGCCACGUGAAAGGGAUGAAGUCAUCGAGUGGGAGUUCCUGACAGGAAAAUUUCUUUACUCAAUGGUGGAGAACCAGCCACCCCGGCAGAGUCUGAGCAGCGUCCUGAGGGCUGCACUGGAUGACACCGUGAUGCAAGUCAUGGAAAUUAUAAAUGAGAACUCUAGAUCUAGAGGAAGGCUCAUUGAUUUCAAGGAAAUACUGUAUGGCUACCGCAGGGUGGACCCUCUGCAUGGAGUGGAGUACAUUCUGGAUUUACUGCUUUUGUACAAGAGGCACAAAGGAAGGAAAGUUACGGUUCCGGUGAGACGCCACGCUUACCUUCAGCAAUUGUUUAGCAAACCUUUCUUCAAAGAAGCAAAGGAGCUGGAUGUAAGAAGCCUACUGGAGGAUACCAACACUGACACUCAAUCUUUCUCUUUCCUUUCAAAUUCUUUAAAGAUUUUUUCUUCAUCAUUCCAAGGCACCAAAGACAUUGCGAGACGCAGUGACAAGAAAAUACAUAUUCUUGUCCCUCUCACAGGAAGAUUUGACAUUUUCUCAAGAUUUAUGGAUAACUUUGAGAAGACUUGUCUGAUACCCAGUCAGAAUGUAAAGCUGGCGAUAAUUCUCUUCAGUUCCGAAUCGGGCCAAGAUUCCAGCAGACACAUAAAGCUGAUGAAAGAAUACAAUGUUAAGUAUCCUAAGGCAGAUAUGACCCUGAUUCCGAUGGCAGGAAAGUUUUCUAGAGGGUUAGGUCUUGAAAUGGCCUCAUCUCAGUUUGACAAUGGCACUUUGCUGCUGUUCUGUGAUGUUGAUCUGGUGUUCACACCAGACUUCCUCCAGCGAUGCAGAGAUAACACUAUUCAGGGAGAACAGGUUUACUACCCUAUCAUCUUUAGCCAAUAUGAUCCAAAAGUAAUAUAUGGAGACAACCCUCCAGCUGAGGGUAGUUUUGUUUUCACAAAAAAAACUGGAUUUUGGAGGGAGUAUGGAUUUGGAAUUACCUGUAUUUACAAAAGUGAUCUACUUACUGCUGGUGGAUUUGAUACCUCAAUUCAAGGCUGGGGACUAGAGGAUGUAGACCUCUUUACUAAAGUGAUAACAUCUGGCUUGAAGGCUUUCAGAAGUCAAGAAGUAGGAGUUGUCCAUAUUUUUCAUCCAGUUCAGUGUGACCCCAAUUUAGAUCCGAAACAAUAUAAAAUGUGCUUAGGGUCCAAAGCAAGUACGUUUGCCUCUACCAUGCAGCUUGCUGGACUCUGGCUACAGAAACAUUUGGGUGUCAAGUACAAUCAAACUGUGUCCUGACAUCUCAGCUUAUUUGGCCUUUUAAGGGAGUUUACCUCAUUAUUGUUAUUAUUAUUUGAUCUUGUUGUCAUAGUUUUAAACUCCCUCCUAUUGUCUUCCAAAGACUGUUGACCUCAAACAGGAUGAGUCUGCUGUUCACUGAUGUUUCUUAUAGCUACUGAACUGGUGAGGUGAAUUCCUUCAUGUUUCCUUUGUUUGAAAUUCAGUCAAGUCACAGAAAUCAUAUGUUCCCAUGGAGCACAUGCAUCACAAGAGACUGCAUGAGAAGAAUGUUCUCCUUCAGCUUUGGGAUGCAGUAUCGUCUUUGCUGCAUUUCUCAGAUUUCGUGUGAUAUAAAUAUUUACUGGUGAAGGUACCACAAAAGUGCUUUAUGCUUCUUCUGGGGAUGGAACUCUGUAAGAUAAACUUGAGUUUUAUAAUUUAUAUGAGGAGUUAUAUGUAUAAACACUACUUUUCUUCAUCUUUAGAAUUUUUAAAGUAAAUGAAUAACUAUGAUUGUACCUUUAUUUUUUAAAAAAAAGCUAAAAAAAAAAAAAAAAAACAAAAAAGACACACACCAAAACCACAACCAAACAAACAACACCCAGAAAAGCUGAGGAGCUACUUGCAAAUACAACUGGUACUGGCUACCAAGGUCCUUAAAUGUCUUAUUAUAAUAAUGAACUCCUCAUUGUUGUUCACUCUAAGUGUAAAUGAACUUUAUUUUCACAAGGAACAGGAUUUAAUCAGAUACUCAUGCACACUUUAGAAGUUGUGUGAACCAACGUUCUUCAUUUGCAGGCAAGAAGAAACUAAGACUUAACAUGGUCGUUCAUGAUAAAGUGCAGGCAUACAGUAUUCUUUUUUUGAAACACAUAGUAUAAGUUGCUGUUCCUCUUCUUAGACUGAGUCUCUAAUACAUAAUUUUCUUUUACAUUCCUUUCAUAAAGCUGCAUUUCAUACAGAGUAUUAGAAGUUAAAGCUGUAUCUUUUUUUUCACAUUUUCCAUGAAUAUUGGUACUCAGUAGUAGGUUGUUGUUCAGUUAAAAUAAUUGUAGAAUAAUUAUUUAAAUUUCAAAAUUUACUAUUGCUGGUCAAAGUUCCUUGCCAAUAUAUUUAUAUUAGUGAAGGUUAUAAGACUGUGUUAAGAUUUAUCUCUCUGGAGUUGUCAUAUUGUGGAUUCACAGAGUAAAGUAUUUAAAAUACCAACGUAAGAAGUAAUAAAA